GCGCCCCUGCCGCACAUCGACGACAUGGUGGCUUUUCCCGACGAUAUCAACCGGAACCAGCCCAUGAAGCAUCUGCUCGACAUGGCCGAAACAACGCUGGCAAAGUCCGAGAUGGGCCGCGACUUUGGGAAGCCUGCCCUCGCUUUCAGGGACUAUGUCAAGGCGUCCAUCAUCACCGUCCAGAUCAUUCCCUCCCACAGCGACUAUGUCGAGCUUAAAAACAGCCGCGCGGACUGGAAUCGAAGGCAUCAAACCCUCUUGAAACGGAUAGCCCAGCAGAGUGACGUGUACGAAAAGAUCAAGCGUGACAUCAUUGCAGAUAACGAGAGGACCGGUGUGAAACCGACUGUUGCUGCCUCGGCCCAGCAGAAAGCCGGCGCAAACGCUCUCCACUCGGCGCAGACGACAUCAGUCAUGAAUAAUACCCCCUCAGCCGAACCUCAUACAAAUGGCUCUCCUGGAAGAUCCAAGCCCGCUGUGCACCCCAAGCCGCAAUCGCUGACGGGCCAUGCUGUCAAGCCAGGCCAUGCCCGUGCUGCCUCCGCCGCGUCAGCUACCUCAUCGACCCAAGCCAUGUCAGAUCUUGCGGCACGAUUCGCGAAUCUACGGGGCCCCCAACCUUCGCCAGGACAGGACCCUCGCAUCAAGACGCACCAGAUUGUUCCUACGCCAACCAAGCCUGCUGGGCCUCGGGAUAUGCCCCCUCCUCGUCCCAAGGUGUCCCUAGACAGUGCAAUUCCAGCGCUGCCAAAGAUGCCCGAUGCAAUUUACAGCCCUGCGCGGGGCAGCAUAUCUGGAGAUCCUGCCCGCCUUCCUCCCACCACGCCACGGGGGAAUUAUAGCCGAGCAGGGUCCAUCGUAUCUGUCAACAGCGGGACAAGCACACCGUUACCACAGCAGGGCACUGACUACUUUUCGUCCCGAUCAAGAAGUCACUCCAGGAACGGAAGAGUUGACAGUCCACAACCGCCACCAGAGAGUAGCUUCAAGAUUCCAGAAGGAGACCGGAUCACGCCAGAAGAGCUGUUUGAGGCCAUGAAAGCAAAGGGCUUUUCGGUUCUUAUUAUAGACGUCCGUGCUCGCGAGGACUUUGACGAAGGCCACAUCAUGUCCUCCUCCACCAUCUGCAUCGAUCCCAACAUCCUGACCAGGCCAAAUAUUUCCGCUGACGAGAUUGCUGAAAGCCUUGUUCUGUCGCCGAGUCAAGAGCAAACGCAGUUUGAAAGGCGAGCCAGUUACGACCUGGUUGUAUUCUAUGACCAGGACUCGGAGAGGAUACCCUCCUCGCUGUGGAGCACGGAAGACACCGCGCUGUCGUCCCUCCACCGCGCUCUGGUACACCUCAGCUAUGGCUCCGAGCUUCGAAACGCCCCGAAGCUACUCAAGGGAGGCUUGGAUGCAUGGGUCGAUCUCAUGGGCUCGGCUUCUCUGCAGUCGACGGCGCCGCCCAACCCCAAGAAAAUCUCUCUGGUGCGGCAGGGCCCCUUUCAGCGGCGGCCCUCUCAAUAUCUGGGUAAGCCACUAAGACCUGAUAUAGUCAAGGUCUGGCAGCAAGCCGUGGAAAUCGAAGCAAAAGAGACGGAGAACGCCACAGAACAAGCUUUCCACCGUUCAACAGAGUCUUUCUUGAGAAGGUUCCCGUCUUUGUCCCUGCAAGAGUCAAUGACCUCGCCGGCCAUUGCUCAACAAAGGGCCCCGGGCUAUGCCGCCCCCUCGCACCAGGUUGAAAUAUAUAACGAUCUUCCCUCUCCUCCCACAAGACCAGCCCCGGCAUUGCCACGAUCAAGUUAUAGCAGUCUGUCCCAGACAGUCGAUGACCACGACAUGUACUACGAGCGCGUCCCGACGGCUACCGCCGUCUCACCCCUUGAGAAGACCUACUACACCGGCCUCAACAACCCCCAUAAUUGGUGCUAUGCGAACAGCAUCCUUCAAUCAUUGCUCGCAUCGCCCUUUUUCGGGAGGUUGCUGGCCCUCUCGGAGUGGUCUGAGAGGUACCAAGUGCCGCGGAAGGAUGGCGAGAAGAUUGAGCAGCCGCAGCUGAUGACGAAGAUAAUAUCCAAUCUGUUUCAGUGGAUGGCAAUGGGCAAGUUUCAGACUUUGAAAGCCUCGACGCUGAUGAGCUACUCCUUCAAUCUCUGCCGUAACAGUCCCACCGUCCCCCAGUUCGGCGGCACUGGGCAACAGGACGCUCAGGAAUUCAUGUCGUUUUUGUUCGACUACCUCCAUGACGAAACCAACACCCGCCGCAAUGUCAAGGGCAGUAUCCCACAGCCGAGCACGACGCCUCACGCGCGCUUGCAGGCUGCUGUCGAGUACUGGACCAACUAUCGAGAGCUGAACCAAUCCAUCGUUGACGACUACUGGCGGGGCCUCGAACUCUCGACAGUCGACUGCCAACGAUGCCACAAGCAGACGCACACAUUUUCGACAUUUGACCUGGUCUUUGCCCCCGUCGGCAACAAUCGGGCUAUUACUCUCGAGGACUCGUUCCGGGAGCACAAUGUGGUCAACAAGCUCGACAACUUUGCAUGCGAUACAUGCAAAAGGAACACCCAGGCGAUGCAAACCACCUGCUUCGCCCGCAUGCCGCCGCUGCUGUGCUUGAGUUUCCGCAGAUUUGACUUUGACAAGUCCGUGGGGGACAUCAGGAAGAACACGGGCAGGGUCACCUGGGACUUCAACGAGGUCGACCUGACUCCGUUCUUCAUGCGGACAAGCGAGGGCUCGAGCGAUAGAGCGUUUUCGGGGCCAUUCAAGUACGAGUGCUACGCCGUCAUCGUCCACAGCGGCGGCAGGACAGACAACGGACACUACUACGCCUACGUGCGGGACUCGAGCACGCACGAUCCAUACGCCUGGUUCCGCUGCGAGGACGAGAUGGUGACCAAGGUGCGCAUUGGCACGGGCGACGCCACCGACUACAAGGAGCAAGUGUUCAAGUCCGGCAAGGACACGGUUCCGUAUCUGGCCUUUUUCAGAAGGAAG